GAAAAACAAAGAUGGCGGCGCGAGGCUGCGGUUUUCUCAUCGACACAGCGGCCGGUUUCUGACGGAAGGAGGGGCGACACAGGCAUCGUUUACCUCAGAAAAUAUCUUUAAAAUACAUUUCUAAUUAAAGUUGUAACUUUUGAAACAAAAGUUGUGAAGAGGAGAAAAUAGUCACCGGUCGCGUUUAUUUUUUUUUGUAUAAUUUUCGGGGUCCGGGACGGGGGAAGGUGACGGUUACCGGGUGAACGAGAAAACAAAUUAAAAAUGUCGGCGGUGGAGGAGAGAGAGCCGGCGCCCGCGGCUUCUUCAGCGGCGGGAGGUGGCGGAGCGGCGGCAGCGGCGAUGAUGAUGGCGGCGGCAGCGGCGGCGGCUGCUUCCUCGGGCCCCUCCGACCCCCUGCACCCGGCGGCGGCGGCGGCAGCCGGAGCCCAGGAGCUGAACAACCACCCGGAGCUGGAGGAAGGUCCGAGCUCCAAGAAGCGGGCCCGGCUGGAGGCCGAGUCGGCGGCCGGCUCCGGCUCGGGUUCGGGCUCGGCGGCCGCUGGCGGUGGAGCGGCGGCGGGGGGCAAGGCCGGCGCGGAGCACAAGCUGGAGGAGAGGCUGUACUCGGUGCUGUGCUGUACCGUGUGCCUGGACCUUCCCAAAGCUUCAGUCUACCAGUGCACGAAUGGUCACUUGAUGUGUGCAGGCUGUUUCAUUCACCUGCUGGCUGAUGCCAGGCUGAAGGAGGAACAGGCCACCUGCCCGAACUGCCGCUGUGAGAUCAGCAAGAGCCUGUGCUGCAGGAACCUGGCCGUGGAAAAGGCGGUGAGUGAACUUCCCAGCGAGUGCGGCUUCUGCCUGAAGCAGUUCCCACGCUCCAUUCUCGAGAGACACCAGAAGGAGGACUGCCAGGACAGAGUAACACUGUGUAAAUACAAGCGGAUUGGAUGUCCAUGGCAGGGGCCAUUCCACGAGCUAACUGCUCAUGAGGGGGAAUGUGGCCACCCCACCAAGACUGGCAAUGAGCUGAUGGAAAUCCUGGACGAAAUGGACCAAAACCACAAGAAGGAAAUGCAGCUCUACAAUAGCAUUUUCAACCUACUUAGCUUUGAGAAAAUAGGAUAUACAGGAACCGAUUUCUGCAGUCAGGCAUGUCACAAAAAAGAAGUUCAGUUCCGGCCCUACCGAACAGAUGAUUUCAUCACCAGGCUCUACUAUGAGACCCCAAGGUUCACAGUGCUCAACCAGACGUGGGUCCUGAAAGCACGGGUCAAUGACUCCGAGCGUAACCCCAACCUGUCCUGCAAGCGCACCCUGUCAUUCCAGCUCAUCCUGAAGAGCAAGGUCAACUCACCGAUGGAGUGCUCCUUCCUCCUUCUAAAGGGUCCCUACGAUGAUGUCAAAAUUAACCCGGUCAUCUACCAUUUCGCUUUCACCAACGAGAACAAUGAAACAGACUACAUGCCGCUGCCUAUCAUAGACUCUGUCGAAUGCAACAAAUUGCUAGCGGCCAAAAACAUUAACCUGAGGCUCUUUAUAUUUCAGAUACAGAAGUAGAGGAGGUGGGGCUGGGGAGAGAGAUUGUAGGUGGGGGGAGACAGAGGGAGAUAUCAGAACGGAGUGAGCACCACUGAACCAUAGUACCUCGGAAAGCCAGCGACAACAGUCAGUAGUUUGAAAAAGGCAGAAUUCUAUGAAAAGAACAAGAGACAAACAAAAUAUCUACUAACCGCAUGUGAUCGUAACUGCCCGGGACUGUCACAACUGCGCGGUUUUGUUCAGAAGCCUCUCAUAUAGUGGUUAUAAUAGGGGAGGGGUUUGGGGGAGGGGAGAGAAAUAAGAAAAGUGUCUGAAUUCAGUAGCUGCUAUUAGAACUAUUUAAGCAGUGCUGAGUGGUCAGUACCUGCCUGUGUAUUGAGCCUGCAGUCCACUGACAAGCUCUGCUCGCCAAUAGAUGCUGAGAUGCCACACCAGCUUCCCUCUGUCACACCCACUCGUUCAUUCCUUAUGCCUGCUGAUGAUUUUGUUUGGUCAGAGCUGCUAUUUGUUUUCUGGUAUUUCCCUGCUUACCUGCAAUAGCUACUAAAUUAUUUAAUGAGAUAGGUGGAACUUCUGUUAACUCUAUUUCCCUCUUCACAAAUCACCGGUCCAAACUUGUGUUUUUAUUGGUGUGCAUCACUUGUCAUCUGGCUCACCAGAGUCCCCAGCUGACAGAUACUAAACAAUCUCGUGUGCAUUCAGCUUGGAGGAGGGCUGUUCAAACUGUGUUUUUAAGAAACACUCAGUGUGGCCCAGGGACAUUCGGGAUGGCCACUAUGCUUUGCAAAGAAUGAAGCGGGCUGGUUCAUUCUCAACACAAUCAUUUGGAAAAGCAAAAGGCUGCAUGUAAUUCCUGAGGGGAUUGAUUGAACCAAACAGCCAGCUAGCCGUCCAUCCUUCACUUGUUGCAGUCACACAUGCCAACACUGCAACUGAAGGGCGCAGUAAACUCUCUCCUUAAGUUCUUUGGUUUCAGUUUUUCCUUUAAAUUUGCUAGUAAGUGUAUAAAAAUUAAAAUCUAAAUGAGCAAUGAGGCAUGAUGGACACGAGACAGAAGGCAGUGCUGAUGUAAGGUUAGGGGAUUUGCAGGGAGCACUCAGUAAUGAGAAUCCUACAGUAGUGUUUGUACGUUUAACUUAACCGUAUUUUUUACUCUUCUCAUUUUAUUGUAUUUAACAUAAUAUUCUGCUCCUGGAGCUGGGAAGAAGGCCAGGGCUGAGGCCAAGGACUUCAUCAGACAUGAGACUGACAGAAGCUGGGGGAUUUGCUCCCAACCCUUUAAACUCCAAGAUCAGGCAAAGCUGAUUAGGAAUUAUUUUAAAAUGUAAUUUAUUGGGAUGAGUAAUUGAGGGAAUUCAAAAACCAGGAAACAAAAAUCUCUUGUUGGCAUUAAAUGACAUGGCCCGGCCUGGCCCAGCCCAGCCCGGCCCAGCCCAACCCAGUAUAUUGCUUUUACAGAGCGGUCGAUCAGCACAAAGGCACCAGCGGUGGAGAGAGAUCAUUGUACCACAAUGCCCUCAGUUCCACUGCCCGAAAUGAUGCAUCUUAUCAGGUUCAAUCUGUUGCAGUCACCAGUAUCUGGAUCUGAUUGGAAGAUAAUAGGUCGCUGCUUAAAUCAGUGCAGUUCCAUUUAAAAAGACUAAACAGUCCUUACCUUGCAGAAUGAGCAGCAUUCUGUUCAGUCACACAGCAAGUAAAUCUUUACCCUGAAUAAACAAUACCAUCGUACAGUUACCUUGAGGACUCCCAGCAAUGCUGAAAAAACAACCUCCAUAUGAUUAACACAACUACUGUUGUGAAUAGCACUUUAACCUUCCCAGAUCCUACUGAUUAAACUGGAACUUUACACAGUUGCACAACAAAUGGGUUGAACUGGCCCCUUUAACCCUUAUCCUGCUGAAUGAACUGGAAUUCUGAAGGAUUAGUAAAACAGAUGCAACUUAGGCUUUUGGGGUUUUGUCUGGUACCAAAAUGAUAUUGUCAGUUCUUACCAUUUAUUUUCUGUACCCACUUGUACUGUAUAGUUCAAAUACCAUAAAAUCUAGAUUAUA